AUGUGCGAGACUUACAAACACUACAGUAUAUGUAAAUGGAGGGUUCUGCAAAUUUAUCUUAGUAUUCUUGACACAGGACAGGAAAGAUCAAAGAUGGAUUAUAUCAUGUAUAUUGCUCUAAUGAAGCAAAUAAAAGGCUUAUCAUUGCAGGCUGGUAGCACGGGAUGGAGGUUCUUGAGGCAUGUCACUUUUAUGACACAUCAGAAUGAGAUGAAGAAAAGUGCCUUACCAGAGAACCUUGCAAGUACAAUGACUAACACAAGAUGUAAACGUGCAAUUGCCCUUCGUUCUGUUGAGAUUACCAAUCAGCAGCUUAUGGAAAUACUUUCUACUGUAAGAGUGGAUAUGUCUACCAUAAAAGAACAGAUCAGCAAUGCUGAGCAAACUCUGACCAGCAUGUAUGGCCGAAUUGGUGCUCUUGCCACCACCAGCACCAACACCAUCAGUGCCAUAGAUAGUUUGGCCAGAGUUCCCCUUGCUGCUCCUGUGAGAGUUGAACUCACUAUUGCUGCACCUGUUGUCAUCUCCAACCAUGAGUCUACCUGUGAAAAAUCUAAUGCAGUUUAUAUGAGCACAUAUUCACAACCUUAUCCCAGAUGGGAUACAAAUGUUGCUUUCAACAAAUCUCCCAACAGGGAGAUAGCCGAGCAACUUCUUUCUAACCUUGAGUACAGGUUUGGUUCCUCUAGUAUGAGAUGGAGUGACCUCCAAAAAAGGUUGCAUACCAACUUCACUAGUAGAACCCGUCGUGAGAGAAUGUCUGAUGAUGAGAUAGCAGAAACAAAUGCUCUUACACAAAGAGCAGCCCGUGCAGAUAAUAAUGAGUGUCACUAUGUACUGAUAUACAAAGACAAUAAGGAGGCCAUUGAUCUUUUAAUGCUCAGAGACUGUGCCAACACUCUCCAAAAAGCAGUAAUGUCAGAUGGAGAGUCUGCCGAUGAAAUGGACAAGGAUGGCAUAAAACAUGUCAUUUAUAUUGUACAACCAGACUGGAGAAGCAAUGAGAUAGAUUAA